AUGGCUCCAUUGUUUGUUUUAUUAAUUGUACCCAUUUGUAUUUCUGUUAUUAUUACUAUUGCUAUGAAGGUAUAUUUGGUGGUUGUAAAGAAGGUUGACUUUGGUGGCAGAUUUAGUUUUACAACUUCUCAUAAUCAAUCUAUCAAUGAAAGUAAUAUUGGUUUAUUAUCACAUGUGGACCAAGAUGAUAAUACAUCUGAUUAUACGAACGAUGAUUCUUCUCAGCUUCUCCAAAUAGAAAAUAAGAUAUUCAAUAUUAUUCAUGGAUUCUUUCCAACAUUAGUUUGGCUUAUUGAUGUAACAUUCUUCUUGAAACCGUUUUUUGUUUUCACUAUUGUAAGAAAUGAGAUGAGAGGUACAAGGGUUGGAGGUAGAUAUCUAGAUCUUACUCAUACAGAUAAAAAGUGGGAUGGAAACCUCGAAAUGAUCUUACCUUGUAUUUGGAACACCUAUUUAGAUAUUACAUCACUUGGCUUAUGGAAAGCACUUGGACUCAUGCACUACUUUUACCUUUACAAGUUGGAUCAAAGAAUUUGUUGGGGAAGGAUUGAGAAUCAAACUUUUGAGGGUGAUUCCAUUGUUUUCAGACCUGAUGAAGAUGAUGAACAAGAAUUUAUAAUCUAUGGUGCUUAUUGUGGACAUAAAAUUGAGCUCACUAAAUGGUUGGUCACAUUGGGGGAUUUCAGUUUAAUCCGUUGGUUAUUACAACCCAUUUUAUUAAUUAUACCACCAUGUAUUGAUGUUUGGAGUUUGAGACAUAGAAUUAAGCAUAGAAAAUAUGGAGGACGUGGUAAAUUUGUCUCUCAACACGAUUAUACAAAUCCCAAUGCAGAUCCAAUCAAUGGAUUUCCAAGUAGUGUAAUGCUUUCCACAAACGUGCCCUAUAUUGAUUAUACCAUUCUUCAUCUUGGCUGUGUUUAUCUAGGGAUUAUCACAUUUUUCGUUUUUACGUGUGUUUAUGGAUUGAAAUUCAUGAGACAGUAUAAAGAUUCCACUAUACAUCUCACCAAUAAGAAAUAA